AUGGCUAUCCAACAGAGCACCAAUGGGACCCUCACUAAAGCCCAUGUAAAUUUGAUGACCGAUACUGUGAUUGCGAAUUUACCACCAGAUGCUUUACGGUCGGUAAUACGUUCGAUUUUGACGACAGAUUCUGGAUUUACAUCGAUAUUUGAGGAUCAUGCAAGGCAGUAUCUUUGCAAAACAUCACCUGUCUCUCUCGGAACUCUUUUUCAACCAGAUGGUGCAAAAGGCUGGCAUGUCACGCCUCAUUUUGUGGCCGCUCAGUGCCGCAUUCGAGCCAUGAUCGGUAGUGGUCUCGCGAUCGACAGUUUGAGGCACCUCAAGCAGAUUGUUGACCAGGUGAAGACAGUCUGCCCAGCUGAGGACUCCUCCAAUGGAUAUGACUUGGUGAAUCACAUCACGUCCGUGGAUGGUGAUAUUGUUCAAGCCUUGACCGCAGUCCAGAAGAGUCUCAACCAGCCAUCAGGACAAAGGGAGUUGACUCGGGGUGAAUUUGAGGAACUUGAUGACCUAUUCCGCUCACUGGUCCUUUGUCGGGACCGUUGGGACGCCGAAAAGCAAGAGUUCUUGUUUGAACGUAGUCUAGGUGUCAUCGCGGGUGUUCUUGGUAAAGAAAUGGAGAGCAGAGACGAAGCAUAUUCACAGAAAGACAAUGAACACCUGACAUAUUCAAAUGGCAGUAGAACCAUUGAGACCUUUCAGCUCGGGGAAAAGGCACUACCAAGGCUUUUUUCCGGCUUGUGGCAGCUUUCUAGCCCUUCUUGGGGAGUGGCACCCAAAUCCAAGAUCUUCUCUCAAUUUUGGAGGUUCGUUGGUCAAGGGUUCACUGCGUACGAUAUGGCAGAUCAUUACGGUGAUGCAGAAAUACUCUUCGGCAAAUUUCGAGCAAUAUACUCUCGGCCAGACACGAUUUUUGGAUCUACGAAGUACUGUGUGUUUCAGCCUUGCACGAUCACGGAAAAGGUCGUCCAAGACAACGUCUCAGAAAGAUGCAAAAGGCUCGGUUCUGAUCAUGUUGAUCUGCUCCAAUUCCAUUGGCAAUUUUAUGAAGACCAGCAAUAUAUCCAGGCGUUGAGGCUGCUUGAGGCCGAUGAUAGAGUCAAGAUGCUUGGUCUUUGCAAUUUCGAUACGAAGCGACUCGAGGAGAUCCUGGAAGCUGGAAUCAAGGUCGUCACGAAUCAAGUUCAGUUCUCCUUGAUCGAUAGCCGCCCAGCUAUGAGAAUGGGAGAGUGUGGUGGCUUUCUCGCCGAAAAAUGGCUGGGCAAGCCCGAACCUGAACUGUUCUCAGGUGACAUAACACCCAGUCAAAGGAAGUAUUUCGAGAUGAUACUUGCAUGGGGCGGAUGGGCAUUAUUUCAGGAGUUAUUGCAGACUCUUAAGGUGAUUGCGACCAAACACGAUAUGGCAGUGUCCAAUGUUGCCACACGAUGGGUCUUAGAUUUCGACUAUGUGGGUGCUGUUAUUGUUGGUGCUAGAAUGGGUGUUAGUGAGCAUGGAAACGAGAACCUGUCCAGUUAUGGAUGGCGAUUGGACGAUGAAGACCAGGAAAAGAUCAACACUGUGUUGAGACGGAGUAGGAGAAGCGAGAUGUUCGAAGUCAUAGGUGACUGUGGAGGAGAAUAUCGAACAACUUGA